CCUGGACCUCACGUUCUUGAACUUCACGCAAUCACAACCUUGGAAGUUCUCCUUCGUACGCAACAAAUCCCUGUUGAAAGUCUUUAAAACCUGCAUUCAAUCUCCUUAGCAACGCUUUGCACGUCUUCAAUCCAAUGUCAAAAUGUCCGCCCUCAAGAGCAUUACCUUCUAUAGAGCAGCAACCCUCCUUCUUCUCUUCUUCUGUGCUGGCCACACAAUCGGUGGGAUGUUACUACAGUCAAGUCGCGGAGCCGAGGCGGACGCCGUAUUCGAGGCCAUGAAGACGGUGGAGUUCAAUUUCAAUGGCGCAACCUGUACCUGGUACAACUUCUGGUUCGGUUUCGGUCUCGGGACGUCGAUAAACCAGAUCUUGUCUGCGACUAUUGCUUGGCAAUUGGAUAAAGUCGACCCAGAGCAUUGGGAGGUGGUGAAAGGUAUUGCGUGGACACUCGUUAUGGCUCAUUGCGCCAGCACUAUCCUGUCAUGGACAUAUUUCUUUACUGGUGCAGGUAUCCUCUCCACUCUCGCCGCCGCCCUUCUCGCUGCUGGUGCGCGGCAGAAACAGUAUCAAGCAGCGGUUGCCCUCUCGGGGGAGAAGAAGCUGUGAGGAGCUAUUUCCAGAUUGGGGGAAUGGUGUUUGUUGACGUCGAAAGUUGCGCCUGCCUCGUUCUCGAGAACACGUACCUGAUGAAGAUUUUCGUCCUCGCAUUUAAUUCUCUUCUUUCCAUCCACGAAUACUAAAAUAUCAGUUUUCUUGCAUCACAAGCACCAACAUUCCUGCAUCGUCGUUCUACUCCAAUCGAGACGCCAUUCAUCAAUCAUCAUCCACGCAUCAACU